AUGCACUCGAUCCGCGUUACGGCCAAGCAGGAACGCAUGCAGUCCCAGAGCGGAUUUUCCGAAUUUGUUCAAAUCCCACCCCAGAUCAACCAGGCUGGCCGGGUUAAUGCUGCUUUUGUCGUUCAUGACAGUCGGCAUGAAGAAAAUCCCGACCAAUACUCCUACUGGCGGCCGGUCACUGAGAGGGAGAAUCCAAUUUGGGACUGGUUGGUGAUCAACUAUGCCAAUAAUGGAAUCCAGGUCUUCCUCCCGGAUGGGACCUUCUACAGGGAAGUGCGUAUCGUCCAGCAUGCCAACACCACGCUCAGCGCCAAAUGGCUUCCUUUCGACCCUCCCGUCAAACCACAGGAUUCUGGUCAACUUGACCGGUUGCUGGAGAUGUUCACAGCCAAAGACCAGAAGCACCUGCUCGCUUUCUGUGAUAUGAUCAACAAGUCGCUCGCGAAUUCGUCUUCCCCGCCAAGUGCAUAUUCAAGCUUAUUGCAGUCUACUGUUGGAAGGCCGCUGGCACUGGUGAACGCGGGCUGGUCACUAGAAUUGGCAACUGACGACAAGAUCAAUCAGUCGUCACUGUCGAAUAUACCCGCCGAACGAAACCUGUUAAACGGUCAAGACAUUUACCAGUUCCCGCUAAAGCUAGGCGACAAAAGUCGACCAUACGACGGUCUCAUUGGCUACUUCAACACGCUUCCCCAACCUGCUGUUGAGAACAAAGUGGGCAACGAACUCGACCUGAGUAAGAUAUACACUUACUACAUGGACAUGGAUUCCCCGCCUGACGGUCCACUUCAGCAACUCGCAUCAAGCCUUCCCAAAUUCCAAUGCUUCUGGUUGGACCCUGACGAUGCAAAGUACGGUGAUCCCGCGCGGACAGUAGCCCAGAUAGCCGCGGUGUUUGCCAAAGACUGGAACGAGAAACUUCGUGUCUUCGGAACAAUCAUAGAUCCAUUCGCUCCUAUCACGGCAUACAGCGGCAUCCUCCCCGUCCAAAAACUCCAACUUCCACCCUGGACGUGGCAGAAUGCGAUGCAGAAAAUGACAGCAUUCUUCCACAUGGGUCCGAUCGUCUCGACUGAGGAUGUGGAUAAAUACUGGGAUCCAACCCGCCAGCUUAAGCCGGACUACAGGCUGGAUUCCACUGAUAGCAAUCAAGCGACAGAGGAAGAUAGUGCUGUUAAGAUUCCGUCAUUAGCGAUCGCCGACUGGGCGUGGCUACAGCCGUAUAGUGAUCCUGAUGACUAUAUGGCCCUGGAAGCCGGACACUCGGCCUGGAUUUGA